UUGAAAGGACCCACUGAUUCUCGUCUCAUUUUCAGGCACAUAUUCAAAUCAACUAUUAUUUUGAGCUCUUGUGGAACUGCUUUUUAUGGUAUUACAGAGUUUUUAAUUGGAAAUGAAUCUUUUUUCAAAAACCAAUUUAUGCCUUUAAUCUAUCGUUUCGUUGAUCCCGAAACGGCUCAUUAUUACGCAUUAAAAAUGUUCAAAUAUGGUAUUGUACCCAAAUUUGGUUAUAACUAUCGCGAAUAUGAUGAACUUAAAUGUUCUUUAUUUGGAAAAAAUUUCAAAAACCCAAUUGGACUUGCAGCUGGUUUUGAUAAAGAUGGCGAAGUAAUCAAUAGUUUACGCAACAGUGGAUUUGGAUUUAUCGAAAUAGGAACGAUUACUCCUUUACCUCAAGAAGGGAAUCCAAAGCCACGCAUUUUUCGAUUAGUGGAAGAUGGUGCUCUGAUCAAUAGAUAUGGAUUCAAUAAUGCUGGCGUUGGCAUCGUUUCUUCGAGAGUGAAGAAAGCUUCCGAGGAUGAGAAUAAUUCUGCAGUACCGUUGGGUGUUAAUAUCGGAAAAAAUAAGGAAACAGAAAAAGCAUGGGUUGAUUAUAGUAUUGGUGUCAAUUAUUUUGGAUUACACUGUGAUUAUUUGGUUAUUAAUGUGAGUUCGCCUAAUACUCCAGGACUGCGAUCUUUGCAAAAUAAAAAUGAGUUGCAAAAUGUAAGUAAUUUUUAUAUCAAUCAUAAAAGUUUCUGUAUGAUGCAUUCUGAACAAUUUUCGAAUAAAACUUUAUUAUUUAGAUGUAUAAUAUUAUUUAUAGAUAUUGCGAAUGUAUCACUCGAUAGAAAAUAUGGUAUAGAUGGACUUAUAAUUGCAAAUACGACCAUUGAUAGGCCUCCAAUCUUAACUAGUAAUAAUAAAACAGAAAGUGGUGGUUUGAGCGGCAAACCUCUCGGAAAUGUCACAACUGAACUUAUAAGGCAUUUUUAUAAGAUAACAGGUGGGAAAAUCCCAAUUAUUGGCUGUGGAGGUGUAUCUUCUGGUAAAGAUGCAUACGAAAAAAUUCGAGCUGGUGCAAGCCUAGUUCAGUUAUAUACUUCCAUCAUUUAUGAAGGCUUUCCUGUAAUAGGAAAGAUAAAACGAGAAUUGGUUGAUUUAUUACGACAAGAUGGAUUCAAAAAUGUAUCCGAAGCUAUUGGUGCUGACCAUUAG